AUGAGUUCACAAUCACUACUUUCAAUUGGCUUACAAGUUCGUGAAGAAGCCCUUAGCACGCUUCGAGAAAUGGGAAUUCCUGAGUUGGAUGCUGUUAAUGCUCUUCGAAAAUUCGAUAAUAAUGUGGAAAGAGCAAUUGAUUAUAUUUUUUCUGGACAAUCAACCCUUGAUGAAUUGCCUCAUUUGGUUAGUACAAAUGAUAGCACUGAACCUAUGAAUACUGACAGUCAUGAUUGGAAGAAUUCUUCUACUCCAAAGUCAGAUACUCCAUUCAAUGUACAAGAUGCAGCAGCCACGAACAAUUCUGCCAUAGAUUUGACAGGAGAUGAGAGCGCCGACAUAGAUAUGGCACUGAGAGCAUCGAUACAUGAUCAAAACGAAGCAGAUCUUAAAAGAGGAGUUGAGAAAAGUUUGGCUGACUCGAGACCUCAAUCAGCAAACGGAAAUUACGAUGCAAAGGCAUUAGUUCUGUAUCACCCUACCAAGGAAGAUACACAUCAGAGGCCAUAUCAGAGGUCAUAUCAAGACCCGUGGGGUGACUGGACGGAUCCGGAAAAUCCGGCACAUCGAACAAGAGAUACUUUUGUCGACACGCCUUUGGGACUAAGGCCAUUCCCAGAACAUUAUUUUGCUACGUGUAUCUUUCAAGCCUUGUUUCAUAUACCUAUAUUCCGAAUUUCGGUGCUGGGAUUCCGUCCUACGCGCGAAAAUUGGGGAAAUGUAGAAGGAUAUUGGCAGGGAAAAUCCUCAAGGUUAUCCGAUGAGCAGGAUUUAAUUUCAUCUCACUCUUCCGAAUAUCGACGAUAUUCCAAAAAAUAUGUUAGUCUCAAUGUUGUCCAUGAAAUGCAAAAGCUAUUUGUCUUUUUAAUGCUAAGCGGCAGGAGUUAUGGUGAUUCUAGGUAUAUCAUGGAAGCAAUUGAAUUUAAAGAGAAUAAAGACACAUGGCCCGAGUUUUCCGAAGCUCUCGGCGAAUUUUAUGAAUCCUUGUUUAAUCGAUUAUGCGAAGCUUCCCGAUUUAACGAUAAAGAUGCAUUAGAAAAUGACGAGCACGCCAAAGGAUUGGUCUCGUAUAUAAAUUCAUUUGACACCAAAAUUGUAAUAUUUCAUCUGAUGCGCAAGGAUUCGAAUGACAAAUAUUCGAUGAAUUCUACAUAUUACAGCAAUACACCUUUUUCUUUGGACAAAAUCUUAUACAUGGAUAGGUACUUGAUUCAAAACAAGGACGAAGUAUCUAGCUGCUGGCAAAUAAUUGAGACCCUUGAGCAAGAUCUUCAACGAACAAAACAGGAAAUUGAUAAUAUUACCAACUUUGAGGGGAAUUCUAAUGGUUUGGAUCUUCUCCAAGGAUCUAUUAGUUAUUAUGAACGAAAACGCGAUACCAUUGAGCCGACCGACACAGAGUCUAUUGAGCGUAUUUCAAGCGUAAUCAACUUUUUGGAGAAGUUCAAAACUCGCACAGAAGAAAGGUUGAAAGGAUUUAUGACACAUUAUGAUGAAUUACAUCAUCACUUACAGACUGUUUACGACAGACCAAGCUUAACCCAGAUUCCUUAUCGUCUUUGUGCUGUGAUAAUUCACGAUGAAAUGCAUAAUGGCAAUAAUGGCAAUAAUAGUAACAAUGAUUGGGCCUACAUCUGGAUUCCAAAGGAUAAAAGUGAGAAUUAUGAGGUUGGAGAUUGGUGGAAAUUUCAAAACACUGAAGUGAAAAAGGUGGCCGAAGAACAAGUCUUUAGAGAUGAUGCUGGCGCAAAUUAUAAUGCCGGCAUCCAUACUCUAAUUUAUGUUCAUCCGGAUUGUCUAUAUAAUUUCCCUGAUUCUUUUUAUGAGCCUCUAAUUCCGACGACUCUUAAGGAAUUUGUGAGAGUUGAUAACGAUGCCUUUAAGCAAGAAUUUAUAAAUUAUAAAGAGCGAAUGGAUCCACCCGCAUACUCACCUGUAGACGCCGGAGGACGGACCGAUGAACAGUGGAAUUCUGAUUCCACGACAAAUUUUUCUUCCAAUGAGAAUACACCACAUGAUUUUCAGCACAAAUAUAGUCAAAUUGAAAUUCAAGCGAGAGAUCUCCGAAAUGAUGAUUACAGGAUAGUUCAAAGAUUUGAACUCUUUUGUGCGAGAUUGAGACAAUCGGAGCUCACACAAACACUUUUAAAAGAAUAUCUUGAAACUAAUAGAAGGGAAACUUCAUGGGACGAUGAUCCACUUCCACUAGAUCCUAAAUACCGUGAGGACCCAAAGUUCAAGAAAAUAUUGGUCGCUUUUGAACGUUACGAGGAAAUCACCAUGUGGUUUACCGAAGGUUUAGAGCGUAUGAAAUUUGAUGAGUACGCAAAUGCAUUCGAAGCUUUCCUUCAUACUUUACAACUUGAAGAGCGCUGGAUCGACUUCAUUCAAACCGAAGAUGACAUAAGUGGUUUACCACUAGUAAAUAACAGUAACAUUGAGGAGAUUAAAAGAUCACAUUAUGUAGUUGAACAUGCAAAAAUAUGUUUACAAACAAUGCAUCAAAGUGCAUUAGAUAAAGCCAACAAUCCCAAUAAUAUGAAUGCCGGGAUUAGAGAUGCACUCAUAUUAUUAAAACAUUUUAUUCGAAUCUUGGGUCCAGACCUUCUCAACGAUGACAGGAUGUUUGUUAGGAUUCGGGAGGAUUGGCUCAAUUUUACUGAGCAAACAGUCGAAGGCUUAGAUGACGAAAAGGUAAAUGCUAUGGAAAAACUUGUUGCUAGUUAUGCAGCGCCGGAGAUAUUGGACAUUCAAAAAUAUCAAGAUAUUGACGAGGUGGAACCAAUCCGAUUUCUUCCUGAAGCGGAUGAUGAGCCAUUGUAUAAGCGAUAUGGAAAGGCGCUUAAAGUAUGCAAGGAACUUUUCGGAGGAAAAUAUGGAGGCACUUAUGGGUCUGAGAUGAUGUUAGAUUGA